UUUGUGAAAUUAUUGCUCGUUAUUAUCGAGUUUUCUAAUCAGGAGAAGGCGCUAGCGCUGGUAGAACAUUACGGACAGCUUGAAUCUUCGUACGGAAUCCUGGUAGACUGUUUUUUUUAGGUCAGACUGGUCCCAUCCAUGCAGAAUUUCACUCUGGGUGUUACGUAUUACAAACUCGACUUACUUGAAAACGAAAAAUGGCAUUGACGUUGUCGACUGACCUGUCCGUGAAUACUGGUCCAACAUACGUAGAUGAAAAACUUGAGGACAAACAAAAAGCGUUACGGGAGAGCAUCGAGAAGGGGGAGCCCAAAAUAUUUGGGGUCUCUCAGAUAGUAAUAGGACUGCUGAUCAUCUCCUAUGCUAUACCUCUGCUCUUUGGCGAGGCCACGGUGAUCCUUAACAUUGGCGUACCAUGGUGGAGUGGUAUUAUGUCUGUCAUUUCAGGAGCAGCCGCAAUAACAUUGGAGAAAAAGCCCACCUUGAAGACAGUCUCUGUUUGUUUGGCAAUUUCUGGAGCGGCCAUAGUCAUCUCAGUUAUUGCACUCAUCCUGUAUUAUGUUGACAUGGCCGUCAAUCUGGCGACUGAAUGCCACAAAGGACCAGAUGGCUUGUGUGACUAUCGGUAUUUUGCCACUCAUUUCAACACGGGAGUGAAGGCAACCAUCUCUGUGGUCAGUUUGGUUCAGACAGGUAUAUCCACAGCUUUUACAGUCAUGCUGUAUAACCAGAGGAGGUCCUUUACAGGUUAUGUGAUCGUGAACGAAAGACAUCCUGGUUGAUUCCCAUUGUGUAACAUUUUUGGAUUUAAAUCAGAUGUCCUGACAUCCACUUCAUAUAUGUGGUUUUGCUUGUAACCAGUAGUAAUGCUUGUAUGUGUAAGAAUGUAAAGCACUGAUGUACUGUUAAAUGUCAUGUGAAUAAAUAUAAUGUGAAUGGUUUGAUUUUAUAAAAUAUCAAAAUAAACCUCUAAAGACCGUUUUUAUUAAAGAUAUAUUUCAAGUUUA